AAAACCCUCGAGCCAUCAGUAGAAGUGUAGCCUGAGGUAAAUAAGUGCAAGAGAUGAUUGUUGCUCCCCCUCACCGUCAACAACUAAACUGACCUCCAUACAUCUGAACGAGACAAAGAGGGAGUUUUUCAAUCUCGUCCCUAACACCGGACGUUUGGAUGGUAUGGCUGAGUCGAACAGCGCGAGUUUUCCUCAAACGACACCGAACGGGUCCAGUCGCCAUGAGAAGAGUUUGGGUCUCCUCACGGUCAAGUUCGUUACCUUGCUUCAAGAGGCCAAAGACGGAGUGCUCGAUCUCAAAGUGGCGGCAGACAGUUUGGCUGUCAAACAGAAGAGGAGAAUCUAUGACAUCACCAAUGUUCUGGAAGGCAUCGGGCUCAUUGAAAAAAAGACCAAAAACACCAUUCAGUGGAAAGGGGAGGGUUCAGGCUGCCAGUCUCAGGAAGUUCUUGAGCAGGUUGAACUUCUCAAGGCAAAUAUUGCUGAUCUAGAUAUUCAAGAGAGAGAGCUGGACAUGCAGAAGUCGUGUCUGCAACAAAGCAUCAAACACCUGAAUGAAGACCCCUCCAGCUGCAGAUACAGCUACGUGACACAUGAGGACAUAUGUGAUGCAUUCAGUGGGGAUACUCUUUUAGCUGUCAUGGCACCAUCAGGAACCCAGCUGGAGGUCCCAGUGCCUGAGAUGGGCCACAGUGGUCAGAAAAAGUACCAGGUGAACUUGCGAAGUCACUCAGCUCCCAUCCAGGUGAUGCUGAUAAACAGAGAGACAAGCUGCUCCGAGCCUGUUGUUGUCCCCGUUCCACCUGUAGAUGACAUUUCUGCCAUGCCAACUCCUCCUAGUACUCCAGCAGGGCUGCAGAGGUUCCCCAUCUCCUCAGCUGAGCUGUGUGAUCUAAAGUGUGGGUCCUUGAAAAGCCCCACUGCAGAGCACCAGCUCACACCGUCCUCCACAUCCCCUGAUAUGCACAUGGAAUGCAACACUGAGUCCCCUGUCAGUCAGUGUUUUUUGAUGCAGGGGUCUCUAGGUGGCCCUGAAGAACAGCAGAGGGAGAUGGGGGGUCAGGAUCUGCAAUCAAUGUUGGAAGAAAUGAGAGAUGAGAGAGAAGGCGUUUCAAACCUCAUUGAUGAAAUGAUGUCUUCAGAUGUUUUCCCCCUGUUAAGACUUUCACCCAACCCUGGUGUGGAUUACAAUUUCAACCUUGAUGACAACGAGGGAGUCUGUGACCUCUUUGAUGUGCAGAUUCUUAAUUAUUAAAGCAUGAUUCUUGGCACACCAGUCCACACUUGCUUUCAUAGGACAAAAACAGAGGUAAUGAGUCCCCCCCCUCCACUGCCAACGGCUGCAUUCCUGCCUCAGCGUCUGCUCCUUGAACCUUGGCCUGCGCUCAGUUUCACAUUCAUUUACAUUCAUCCUCCACUUGGACUUGUAAGUCCUUAAAAUUAUUGUCCUGUCUGCCUUCAACUGUGGCUAAUGUUUCAAAGGAAAAGCCCUCCCACCUGUACUUUAAACACUUGUCUGUUGUCAUUUUGUUUGAUACAGUUAUUAUUUUUGUGACUUCACUCAUUGUUCCUGAUGAGUGAUGGCGUUUGAAUGUAAUCGGAGGAAUUAAAACCACCCAAACAUGACACACUAAGAGAUUCGGUUGUACACUUGUUGGAACAUGUGCCUUAUGAUCAGCUAAUAUCAUUAUUUUUGUUCUUUGCGUGCCACAAUCUUAUUCUUCCUGAUACAUUAUAAACAGUUCUUACUUUAUCUUCUUAUCACACACUGUAAGCAGAAGCUCUACAAUUUAACAUGAAAAUGCAUAAUAUAAUUUAACAGUGCAAACACACACACUUAUUUGAAUGGCUUUAAUGUGUGUCGAAGCAUUUAAUCACAACACUAAUUAUUUGUCUGUUGGUUGUUUUGUAGUCCACUGAUAGAAACACUGUGACGAUCCUCUUUGUAUAUUUAUAUUGAGUUAUUGUGUGUCUUUGUUACUGACUGCCUUGUUGGAAUAUCACUAUGCUGUUCACCCUGUUGUGAAAAGCUAAUUUGUUUUUUUUAUUGUUUGUGUAGAGGCAAUCCUACCUAAUUUAAAAAGUGGACAGGUGUAAUUUAAACUGUAGUGUUUUUGAUUUAGAUGACAAAGGAUGUUAAACUGCCUUGGAUAAUCUUUGUUUGUACAUUCCACAAGAUUUUGCAUUACGCUGUUUUUUUCUAUUACUGUAAGUAACUAUUUUCUCUGUAUAGCUUUUCUAAUCAAAAGAGCAAUGUUUUUGUUCUGUUGCACUUGUUUUUUUUUUUUUUUUACCAAAGUUUUAUAUAAAAAAACACUUUCUAUUGCUCAAGUAUUGUGAUUAUUUAAGUUUUGAAGAAACCUAUUUGUUUGUAAUACUGCAAUAUAACACAUGAAGCAUUCUUUUGGGUUGUGUGCCAUAAUUUCUCAAUUUCUUUAAAUGCCUCAAGGCCUCAGCUUAUUUACAGUAUGCAGCAGUUCUGCAUCUUUCUCUUACU